CGCCUCUUCACUCAUACAGGUUGGCUCUUCCUCCCUGUGCGCCUAGUACAGAGCGCAGGGUAUUACACAGGACUGCCGCCUCAGACAGCUCUCUUCACUCGGGCUCCAGCAAAGGGUUAAGCAAAGAAGAUAAUUGAUACUAGAGCAUACAAUCAUCACAGCGAUAUUUGAUUCUGUGCUUCGCGCUCCCUGGCGUACAAAUCGAUAGUUCAUGCAGUAGAGGAGAACGGCCACAGCCCCUCGAGACCUCAGCGGGCACUCCAGUCACUGGACAGAGCCAUCAGCCUACGUAGUGAGAUACACAAGGAACUGCUUCAUGAGGAGUUAAAACAAUUUCUGCGGGUUAAGAAGAAUCGCUGUGCUGAUUUAUUGCCUGAAGCUGACAUGGAGACGGCGGGCCAGAGCCAGGUCGCCAAGGAACCCAAGAUGUCGGAGAUGGUGGAAUUGGUUGUGGAGACGGAGGCCCAGGUUGGAGCAUCUGGAUUCAGUGUGACGGGAGGAGGAAAGGAUGGUAUCUUUAUCAAGGAGGUGCUGAAGGACUCGCGAGCUGCAAAGGCACUGAAUCUGAAAGAGGGAGACCAGCUUCUCUGUGCCAAGGUCUACUUUGACAAUGCCAAGUGUGAGGAUGUGGUGAGGAUCCUGCAGAGUGCUGAACCAUACAAAGUUGCCUUCUGCUUCAAGCGGACGGUGCCCAGUGCUGAUGUGGCCAUUUCUCCAGAGACUGGGAGCCUUGAACUGAGAGGACCAGAAGCAAAAAAGACAAAGCUGAGUGUCAAGAGUAUCUCACCUGUGAAGAAGACCAAGCAGCUGAUGAAGGGAAGGAUCCUCAGCAAAGACGAGGCAGCUGUAGAACUAGAUGUGCCUGUGGACGUGGAGUUCGCUUUCCCCAAGUUCUCCAGGUUUAAAAGAUUGAGUAUCACCUCUCCCAAAGAUGAGGCAGCUUUGAAAGGUGAAGGCAAGGUGAGACAUCCUGAGGUGGAAGCUGAACUUUCCUUUGGAGAGGGGCAGAUUAAGGGCAAGAAGAAGAGGAUCCGAUUCCCAGGAUUCCGUACGAGUGAUCCUGGGAAGGUCAAAGUUGAGGUUGGCAUGGAACCAAAGGAGAAAGCUACUGUUUUGGCAAAAUCACGGCAGGUCACAGAGGAGGACCAGGAGGUGAAGAAAAAAAUUAAAAUGCCUUCGUUUGACCUGACGAGAAAGGAAAAGAUGGAAGCUCCAAAUCCAAAGGCAAAAGUGGAGUUGAAGGAUUCUGUGAAAGUGGGAAUCUUGGCUGAUGGAGAGGCAGCUGAGAGCAAGUUACUGCUGGGGCUCCCAGUGCAAGCUCCAAAGCUUGAACUAGAUAUUGGAUUACCGAAGGCUGACGUUGAUGUCAAAGGCCCAUCAGCUGAAGGGGAAGUUGGUGCAAAAGGACCCGGCUUUAAGGUAAAAAUGCCUUCGCUUGAACUGAAAGGUGUGGAGGGAACGGACACAGUGGGUGCAAAACACAAAGGGGAGAGCAAGGAGGCAGGAGGUCAAGUGGAAGAGUCAGAGGACAAGCUGAAAAUGCCUGCCAUUGACAUUUCUGUACCGAAAAUAAAGCCAUGCGAAGAAGAUGUAACCAUAUCAGGGGUUGAGAUUGCUGUCGGCAGCUCUAAGACACUUGGGCUGGAAGGAAAGAUCAAAGAAAUUGCACAGAAGGUCACGACAAUUGACAUCUCAGCCCCCAAGGUACCAGAUGUUGAUAUCAGUCUACAAAAGGCUGCAGUAGAACUCCCCACUGUGGGAUCUGGGCCGCGGGACUCUGGGACCACAAAGACUGAUGCCCAGAAGUCUAAAAUCACCAUUGAGGGACCCGAAGCAAGACUGAAGAUGCCCCAGGUCUCACUGCCAGAAUUUGGCAUCUUUGCCAAGGGUAAAGAAGGCAUGGCAGAGGCAGCUCCAGAGGCUUUGGGCCCUGUGAUAAAGAUGCCAAAGGUUGAAGUUUCUAUGCCUAAAGUGAAACUAGACGAGGCUCGAGCUGAUGUUCCCAUGCCAAAGACAGAAGCUGGGGUGUCUGGGGUGCAUGUUUCCAAGGUUAAACUUGAUAUUAAGGGCCCUCAAUUGGAAGAUCAUGAGGCCAAAAUGAAGCUCCCAUCAGUGAAAUUGCCAACCAUUGACAUCGCAGUGCCCAAAGUCACACUCCCAGAUGUUCAGCUUCCGGUGGGUAAGGCAGAUGUCUCUAGGUCAGCUGCCAUACCAGAUGGGAAAACAGCAAAAGUGUCGGGGGUUGGGCAGCAGCCGGAGGGAUUCGACCUGAAGCUGAAAGUACCAAAAGUUUCCCUCCCAAAGUUGUCAACCGGCGGGAAAGAAGUGGAGGCAGGUGCCAAAGUAGACACAGACGGAGACGAUGCCAAGCCCAAGCCUCCCAUGAUAACCAUGCCCAAGUUUGAGAUCGCUGUCCCCAGAAUGAAACCUGCAGAAGUGGAGAUGGGAACUUCUGUGGACGCUGAGGUCAAAGAUUCAGGUUUCACUAUGGGGAAACUGCCCGGUGUCAAGAUGCCCAUUCUGGACAUAUCUGCACCUAAGGUGAAGAUUCCUGAUGUUAACAUUCAUCUUCCAUCAGGGGGAGCUGAGGUCCAGGCUGCUGAAGGAGAUGUCAAGGCUCCUAAAGGUGGGGACCAACCAUCUGAAUCGAGCUUAGAAGGCUUUGAGCUGCAGCUGAAAGUGCCGAAAGUCUCGCUCCCGUCAUUCGGUAUGUCACCUAGCAGCAAAGAGGCAAAAGCUGAACCGAGCAGCCCCAAAGGCGGCUCUAAAAUGCCCACUGUUGAUCUGUCAGCAUUCAAGGUCAAAGUCCCUGAAGUCGAUGUCUGCCUUCCCAAAGGAAAAGCAGAUGCUCCUGAAUUAGUUGCUGCUACCAAGUCACCAAAGACCGGUGUAGCCAGCGACGUGCCGAAGGCUACCAUGGAAGGACCUGAGGUCACUCUUCACAUCCCAAAGGUAUCACUUCCGAAGUUUGAUAUUUCCAUUAAAGGUAAAGAGGCUGGAGCAGAGGUGAAGGCAGCCAAGGAGACAGAUGCUGAUGCAAAAAGCCCAGCACUUAAAAUCCCUAAAUGUGAAGUAGCUCUACCCAAAAUGAGACCGAGUGAGGCGGAGGUGUCUGCCCCAACAGCAGAGACUGAUGUCAAAAGGGAAACAAAGAUCUCAAAGGGGAAAAUUGAAGUGGAAGAUGCAGAAACAAAAGUGAAGAUGCCUUCGGUGAAACUGCCCACAAUCGACACGUCAGCUCUUCAGGUUAAGGUCCCAGAAGUUGAUAUAAACCUGCCAUCAGUGAAGUCACCUUUCUCCACUGAGAAGGAUUCCAAAGCUGACAGUGGUGGGAUUAAGGUGGAAGGGCCCGAUGCUAAAGUGAAGAUGCCCAAAAUAUCCCUCCCAAAGUUCGAUUUGAAAAGUAAAGAGGAGGUGGGGGGAGAUGGGAACAUGCCGGAAGUUGAGCUGAAGGUCAGCCAUGUUGAGGGAAAAGGUAAAGUCCAGGCCAAAGGGAAGGCUCUCGACUCAGGAGUCAAAGGAGAUGUAGAUAUAGAUGAUGUAAAGCUGAAAGGAAAGGAGGGAAGGUUUAAGAUGCCAAAGAUCAAAAUGCCUUCUUUUGGGACUUCCAAAAAAUAUGAAGAGGACAUGGAUAUCCCAAUCCCUAGUGGAAGGUCUCCUGAAGUCAAAGCCAAAACAGGAUCCUUGAGUGCAGAAGCAGAUGGGUCUGGCAGCAAGCUGAAAAUUCCCAAAGUACAGAUGCCCUCGAUUGGAAUCUCGGUGCCCGAGAUAAGGAGGCCGGGGGCAGAAGUUGACGUUUCGGAAGUGGACCUGAAAACUUAUGGGGGGGAGUUAAAGAUUCCAAAAGUGAAAGUCGAUGCAGAAGUGGUCGAUCCCGAGGGGAAACAGAAGCUCCCAUCAAUGAAGAUGCCAGCAAUUGACAUUUCAAUGCCUAAGGUAAAGGCACCUGAAGUUGACCUCAGUUUUCCCAUGCCCAAGAUCGAUGCCACUGUCAGGGGAGUGGAGGGUGAGGCCACCUUGAUAAGCUGUCAAGCUGAUGAUGCAGCCUUCAAACUGAAGAUGCCCAAGCUGGGAAUGCCUAAGUUUGGGGUGUCUGGUUCAAAGGAUAAAGAACCAGGAGAAGACACCUGCAGCCCAGGAGUAGGUGGGGGUCACCAUGUUGAUGAUGCUGACGGCAAGGGUAUGAGCUUCAAAGCAAGAAUGCCCAAGAUUGACAUUUCUCUCCCGAAAGUUAAACCAUCAGAUGCAGACAUCGAUAUGGAUGCUUCCCUCCUUGAGGUUGAAGGACCUGAGGCAGAGGAAAGGUUUAAGAUGCCUGGUUUUACACUGCCAAAGAUCUCGCCACCAAAAUUUAAAGCUCCCGAAAUCGAUAUUAACUUCAGUCGCUCCAAAGACAAGAGGGCCUCUAGCGAUUCCUCUGACCUCAAAGUUGACACUGAGGAGCCGGGGGCUGGAUUUAAGCUAAAGAUGCCUCAGGUGUCCUUGCCGAGUUUCGGGUUGUCUGGAGCGGGAGCAGAGACGAGUGUGGAAGCCAGCGUCCCCAUGGAGAAACCCAAGCCAAAAGUGAAAGGGGAAGUUAAAUCUCACCUGGUGGGAGGAGAGGGACAGGAAGGGCGAGAGGAUAAGGUCAUUAAAGUGCCCAAGAUUCGAAUGACAACAUCGAAAGACAAGGCCUUAGAGGACACAACUGAGGCAACUAAAUCUGAAACAGAAACAGAGGGAGGCAAGUUGAAACUGAAACUGCCAAAAAUUGGGAUCUCGUCAAAAUCGGCCGAGACGGAAGCUGACAUAGAGAUGGAAGGCAUGGAAGGAAAAGGCAAAGAGUCCAAACUGAAAAUGUUUGUCCUGUCUCUUGGGAAAGACCAGAAAGGGGAAGUGGGAGAGUCUGGGCAGGCAGAAGGGGAUUCCGAAGGAACUAAGUUCAAGGUCAAGAUUCCGUCAGUUACUAUCGCAGCUCCAAAGAUGAAAGGACCAGAUGCUGACCUGGAUGUCAAUUUUCCAAAAGGCAAGGUCACUACUAUUAACCAUGAAAUCAAAGGUGUAGCAAAGGAAGGAAGGGGUGAGAUCUCAGCCCCAGUUAUUAGCGCUGACAGCUCAGAUUCUAGGUUUAAAAUGCCCAAGCUGACCAUGCCUGAUUUUGGGAUGUCCGGGAGCAGCAGGAAAGAUGACGAUGGAAUGGUGACAGGGAAUGUGAAGGUUUCAGAAAUGGAAUUCCGAAGGUCGAAGGGUGAGGCUGAUGUUGAGGGUUCAGAUGUGGACGCUGAGGGCAAGCUCCAGAUGCUGAAGGUGAAGAUGCCCAAGGUCGAGAUUGGCUUUACCAAAGAUGAAACGUCCGCAGGAGAUAAAGCUGAGAUCAGAGCAGGCCAGAAGCCUGGUGGAGACAUCGCUGGUUCAGGAGCAAUGUCCACAAAAGUACCCUUUAAAAUGCCCAGUGUGGAAAUCUCAUCCCCUAAAACCAGUGACUUAUGUGCUGGGAUAGAAACAGGAGGUGACGACAUUGACCUGCCCCUCGCAGAGGGAAAAGGAACUCUUAGUGAGGUUGAUACUGACGCUCUUGAGCUGAAAGUACCCAAGGUUACAUUGCCCUCAUUUGGAUCCUCCAAGGAGAAGGUCCAAGGAACACCUGGAGAUAGAAGCAGCUCUGGGGCUAAAAUAGACAUUAAAGGUCCCCAGGUUCAGGUGGAGGCAGGGGAUGUCUCGGAGAGUGUGCUAAGCAAGCUAAAAAAUAAAAUGUCAAAUGUCGGAGUGGAGUUAUCCAGUGGUAAGGAGCAAGGGGAGGUGAGCUCGUCCACAGCUAUUUCUGAGGCAAAGGGUCGGGAAGUCAGUUAUAAAUUAGGUGUGGGGCUUGAGGGACCUGAUGCAGAAUUGAAAACCGACAAAACCAGGAAGCAAGUGCUUGGCUUUUCUGUGUCAAAACCAAAAGGUCCUGAGGAACAUGUGAAAACCAAGGCCAGGGACCGCAGCAGGUCACCAGCUGUGAAAGGAAGCCUGGCUGAGACAGACAGUGCAGAGGCCAAGCUGAAGAUGUCCAAGGUGAAGAUGCCCAGUUUUGAAAUCUCGUGGCCAAAGAGUAAAACCAUGGAGUUCAAUAGAAAUGGAGAGCCGGUUGAUUCAACGAGGAAGGGAGAGUGGGAGAUUCAAACUUCUUGGAAAAAGGGUGCCAGAGUUGAGGAAACUGAUGAGCCAGACAGCCUGGAUGGGAAAUCAAAAAUGAAGCUGAAGUUGCCAAAGGUUAGUUUCACACCUAUUAAAGCAACAGCUGUUAAUAUAAUGAGGGGGGAGGCGCAGGCAGUUCACAUUAAUGGGGACAGCGAAGAGCCUGGAAGCCCCGGAAAGAUGGGCAGAAUAAAACUUCCAAAAGUAGAGUUUUCCUCACCCUAUCAGAAGGUCAGGGAUAGUGACAACGAACUGAACCUUCAGCUGGUCAAAACAGAGAUGUCCGUCUCCAAGGACGAUGCAGGCCUCCAAGCCCAUUCUGAUCAGUCCUUCAAGACCUCCUCUCCUAGAGCUGACAGAGGGGAUGUAAGGGGUUCAAAAAUCAAAGCACCCAAAAUCAGCUUCUCUGGGUUCAAAAAGAAAAGCGGUGAAAAAGCAGGGUCCGACGAGGACACGGAGAUGUCAAAUCUAGUAACAUCAACUGCCAGGACAGAGUUGGUAUCCCAGGAUUCGAGAGGGGAUACUGGUCACGCAAAGUCUAAAAGCAUACUGGGCUUUACUUCUGGCAAGUCUAAAGAUGUGUUGGCCACAGGUAAGGAGCCCAAACCAAAGGGCAGCCCAGGGGAUGAUAGGGAACAGACAGACAGCAAAGACAAGUCGGCCAAGUUCAAGCUCCCAAAGUUGUCCCUUGGCAACAAGUCCAGCUCUCUGGGGUAUGAAAACAACACCGACUUGGAGGGGCAACAGGAGAGCGAGGAUGGUACAAAGCGACUCUUUAAACUGCAGAUGCCUAAAGUGGGCUUCACAACAGUCUACCAGGAGGAGCACGCUUCAGAGGAGAAGAUCGUGGGGGAGAUUAGUUCUGUGAUUGUGUCGAAGAGCAGAAGACAGGUGAAAACCGGAACUCCAGCUGACAAAUCAACCAGCAUUUAGGCGAAGCCCGGAAGCAGCGGGUGCUGCAGGCCUGAGAGGCGGGUCAGAGACUAGACUGUUUUUGAUGGAAGCCCCCCGCUUCUUCGGGCUCAGCUUUAACAGCAUUCCUGUGUUAUAGAACCUGGACAGACGAUGUACUGGAACUGACGAAUGAAACUAAACUGUCCAUUACAGUACCAGCACUAACAAGUUACAGUAGAGAUUGCUGAAGCAAUGACCGUGUGACUAACACUGUGUACAAGUUCCCUCACAGACACUUGCCACUCAUCCUCUGCUGGCAGCUUCCAAACCUGCUUAGAUUAGCAAUUCUUAGCAAUAAAAAUAUAAGGAUUUGAAUAUGUUAAACAUGGACUGAAAAUGCACGGUUAAGCUUUUAUCUAACGAGUGAAAGAUAAACAGUGGCCUAUUUCCUUUUGGUGAUGGUGACAGAUAUCACUGAGCAUAUGGUCUUGAGGAAGAAUUAGACAGAGGGGCUCCUACGCAGUGAGGGGGGUGAGGUAAUCAGUCACAGAGGUCCCUACGCAGCGAGGGGGGUGAGGUAAUCAGUCA